AUGAAGGUCCAUUCAUUGCUUUUCGUCGCAGCAGCGACAGGCUCAUUUGGUGCUGCUAUAAAGGCCCGGGAGGAAUCCUUCUCUGAGCAAUUGUUGGAUACCCUUGGAUCAUUCUCUUCGUCGGAUCCCAUCAUUUCAGAAUUGACCGCAGCGAUUCAAAAUUCAAGCGUGCUAUUAGAUCAAGCUUCUAGUCAAAAUAAUGCCAUCAGUGCUCGAACGUCCUCUUUCCAGGCGCAAAUCGCAUGUCAAUUGCUUCGCUAUAUCCUACCGGAUUCCUAUACCGAUACUAUGACGAACCAAACUGCCUACGUUACUUUAAAAGAAAAAAAUUGGUCAAGCAAUUGUGACCUCCCCGCGGCUUGUUUUAUAACCCCGGAGCAUCCCGUUCAAGUAGCUAUCGCGCUGCAAGUGAUCAGCAGGGUCCAGUCCAAAUUCGCAGUUAGGUCCGGUGGUCACAACCCCAACCCAGGCUUCGCGAGUAUUGGCCAGGAGGGUGUCACGAUCGACACACAACGUUUCUCGAACUUGAGCUUGAGUGCGGAUAAGUCGUAUGCUACUGUAGGCGCCGGCCUUCGCUUUGGACCUGUUCAGGAGUAUCUUGACUCGAAGGGCGUUGCGGUCGUGUCUGGUCGCAACAAGUACGUGGGCGUAUCUGGACUCCUCCUCGGUGGUGGUCAUCCAAUUAUCAACUCGCUUACGGGACUUGCGGCGGACAACAUUAAGAGCAUGGAGGUCGUACUUUCGGACUUCAGAGUUGUUACUGCGAGCAAAACUGAGAAUUCAGAUCUAUUUCGUGCCUUGAAAGGGGGUGGUAAUAACUUCGGCAUUGUCACGAAGUUCGAGCUGUAUACUAAGAUGCCGCGAAACCUCUGGUACCGCAACGCAAUCUACGCCGCUUCUGACGCGCAAGCAGUUUUUAAGGCGUUGGCAGAGGUACAGAAGAAUAUGGAAGGAGACUCCAAAGCUGGUAUCCAGAUGACAUGCUCACCAGCCGGCUUUACUGUGGCAUUCGUCUACGGUGAGCCUACCAACGACCCUGCUGUAUUCGCGCCGUUUAGCAAAUUGGUACCGACGUCUGAGAGGACCCCUCCUACAAACGGCACCACGUUGGAAUUCAUUGAGCUCCAAAGUCCUCCGCAGCCCGAGGCGAGCCGCGACACUGUCGGUGUUACUACGACCCUUGACGCAGACAUGUAUCUCGAUUUUUACAGCCAAUACCUCACCAUAAAUGCGGCUAACAACGGCACCUCCGCCGCGUUCCUCCUUGUUAUCCAGACCUUGGGCGCGGCCGCUGCUCGAGUUGCCGACUGUAAUGGCGGAAACGUCCUAGGUUCAUCUAAGAGGGCUCUAACCCUUUGGAAUCCCAUCUCAACGUGGACCAACCCGGCAGACAACAAGCAAGUUCACAACGUUGUUACACAAAUAGGGGCCUACAUCAAGAGCCGAUCGCAAGCUAAGAACCUAUACGACCCGCUCAUCUUCGCCAAUAUCGCAGCGCACGACCAGAAUGUGCUCGCGAGCUACGGUUCGCAGAACUUGAACUUCCUGCGAGGCGUAAGUCAGAAGUAUGACCGCUACGGCACGUUUCAAAAACUACAAAAUGGUGGAUUCCUGGUUUCUAGAUCAUAG